AUGGUCUACAACAUCGUCGUUCACAUGCGCGCAAAGCCCGACCAGGAGUCCAUCCAAAAGCUCCACGCCAAACUCCUCGAAGCCUCUGCCGUCUACUCCAAGGAUCACGAAACCCUCUCGUGGUUCGUCAUGCAGUCCGUCCACGACCCCCAGGACUUCUGCAUCGUCGAGCGCUAUCUCCACGAGAGCUCGCAGAAAUACCACCUUGAGAACCCCUACUGGAAGACCUUUGACCCCUACGUGAUUCCUCUGCUUGAGAAGGAGAUGGACUUGCGCCGCUUCGAGGAGCUUGUUCCUGAGCAGGGUGCUUAA